ACCGCUUCACUUGUUUCCUUUCGAUUCCCUCGUGUCGUGUACACCGCCGCCCUGCGCACGUCCUUCUUCCCGUACGUGCCCGCCUCUCCACCUCAUCCGAUCACCCGCGGGACCAUGGCGACGCCGAACGGCCUGGCGCGGAUCGAGACCCACGGGAAGAAGCACGCCAACGGGGUGUGCCACGACGACAGCGCGGCGCCGGUGCGCGCGCAGACCAUCGACGAGCUCCACUCGCUGCAGCGGAAGCGCUCGGCGCCCACCACGCCCAUCAAGGACGGCGCCGCCUCGCCCUUCGCCGCCGCGCUCUCCGAGGAGGAGAGGCACAGGCAGCAGCUCCAGUCCAUCAGUGCGUCAUUGGCGUCUCUGACACGUGAAACCGGGCCGAAAGUCGUCAAGGGCGAUCCGGCCAGGAAGGGCGAGGCCGCCGCGAAGGGCGCGCCGCCGCCGCCGCCGCAGGCGCACCACCACCACCACCAUCACCACACCCCCACCAUCGGCGUCAGCGACAGCUCCCUCAAGUUCACCCAUGUCCUCUACAACCUCUCCCCCGCUGAGCUGUACGAGCAGGCGAUCAAGUACGAGAAGGGGUCGUUCAUCACGUCCACCGGCGCGCUGGCGACGCUGUCCGGCGCCAAGACCGGCCGCUCCCCCAGGGACAAGCGCGUCGUCAAGGACGAGGCCGCCGCGCAGGAGCUGUGGUGGGGCAAGGGGUCGCCGAACAUCGAGAUGGACGAGCACACGUUCCUCACCAACAGGGAGAGGGCCGUCGACUACCUCAACUCCCUCGACAAGGUGUUCGUGAACGACCAGUUCCUGAACUGGGACCCGGAGAACCGCAUCAAGGUCCGCAUCAUCUCCGCCAGGGCGUACCACUCGCUCUUCAUGCACAACAUGUGCAUCCGGCCCACGGACGAGGAGAUGGAGAGCUUCGGCACGCCGGACUUCACCAUAUACAACGCCGGGCAGUUCCCCUGUAACCGAUUCACGCACUACAUGACGUCGUCGACGAGCGUAGACAUCAACCUCGCUAGGAGGGAGAUGGUCAUCCUGGGUACGCAGUACGCCGGGGAGAUGAAGAAGGGGCUCUUCGGCGUCAUGCACUACCUCAUGCCCAAACGCCGCAUCCUCUCCCUGCACUCGGGAUGCAAUAUGGGCAAAGAUGGUGACGUUGCCCUUUUCUUUGGGUUGUCAGGCACCGGUAAAACGACGCUGUCGACAGAUCAUAAUAGGCUCCUAAUCGGUGAUGAUGAGCACUGCUGGAGCGACAAUGGCGUUUCUAACAUUGAAGGUGGUUGCUACGCCAAGUGCAUAGAUCUCUCUCAGGAGAAAGAACCUGAUAUUUGGAACGCCAUCAAGUUUGGAACUGUGCUGGAGAACGUUGUCUUUGAUGAGCAUACUCGUGAAGUUGACUACACCGAUAAAUCUGUCACGGAGAACACUCGGGCUGCUUACCCAAUCGAGUACAUCCCUAACGCAAAGAUACCGUGCGUCGGACCGCACCCGAAGAACGUCAUUCUCCUGGCCUGCGACGCAUUCGGUGUGCUCCCGCCUAUCAGCAAGCUGAACCUUGCGCAAACCAUGUACCAUUUCAUCAGUGGCUACACUGCUCUGGUCGCCGGCACAGAGGACGGCAUAAAGGAGCCACAGGCUACGUUCUCCGCUUGCUUCGGUGCAGCUUUCAUCAUGCUCCACCCAACCAAGUACGCCGCAAUGCUUGCCGAGAAGAUGCAGAAGUAUGGCGCCACAGGGUGGCUUGUGAACACCGGUUGGUCCGGUGGGAGGUAUGGUGUGGGCAAGAGGAUCAGACUGCCAUACACCAGGAAGAUCAUCGACGCCAUCCACUCCGGCGAGCUCCUCACCGCCAACUACAAGAAGACCGAGGUCUUUGGCCUGGAGAUCCCCACCGAGAUCGAGGGCGUGCCGUCGGAAAUCCUCGACCCGAUCAACACCUGGACUGACAAGGCCGCCUACAAGGAGACGCUCCUGAAUCUGGCCGGCCUGUUCAAGAAGAACUUCGAGGUGUUCGCCAGCUACAAGAUCGGUGACGAUGGCAGCCUGACCGACAAGAUCCUCGCCGCCGGCCCCAACUUCUGAUCUCAAGCGGUGGAUCAAGAACGCGGUUCGAUGGAGUGAGUUCAGAAUAAAACAGUGGUGUGUGUGUGUGACGAUGAUGAUGACGAAAAAAUGUUGGAUCGAUAUGCCAGCACUAGUAGAGUUAGCUCCGUAUAUUUAUCAUGUGUGUGUGUGUGUUAGCCUGUAAGGUUCUAUCAGCUUGUUAGGCUUGGUGUGAAUGUGUGCUUGCAUCUUGCCCAUGUACUCUAUCUGCUUUCAGAAUUUGGAUUCGAAACAGCUUGAUUUGAUCA